AUGGCCCCUCCUAUCGCCAGCACUGGCCACGCCCACAGGCAUGCACCCACAAGCACCCAUCCACCACUGCAUGCACUGCUCAGAGAUGCUGAAGAUCCCCUGGCCUCUCUCCACCUGAGUAGCCGUACCUGCCUGGUCUCCGAGCAAUGGCAAGACGGAGUGCAGUACUUUGGUGCAAAGCUGACUGGGGAGAACCACACCACCUGUGGCUCCACCAUUAAUAUCAAUGAGACUCACAUGUCCUACACCAAUGUGAUUGAGUCUGGAAGUGACAAUGACCAGAGUGUCAUCACCAGGAACGUCCAGACCCGCUUGCACUUCUCCUGCAUUUAUGCCUCUAAGCAGCUGAUUGGCCUGAACUAUGGGCUCAGGCCUGGGACAAGUAGGAUUGUCCAGUUUGCGGUCAAGGAAGGGGACUUCAAAGUCAGCAUGAAUCUGUAUGAAAACGCCAGCUAUGUGCGUGCCUAUCAGUCAACACUGACGCUCCUCAUAACAGACAUGCUCUACGUCCUCCUGCAAAUAGAAGGGCAGGAUCAGGCCAAGUACUUCUUCCUCGGCAUAGAGGACUGCUGGGGCACUCCGACAGCUGACCCACUAGACAGCACAAAGCACUUCCUGAUCAUGAAGGGGUGUCCGCAUGACAAGACGCUGACUUUCCUCAAUGCCGUUGGUAACAGCACUGCGGCAAAGUUUAGCAUUCAGAUGUUCCAGUUCAGAAACUUCCAGGAGGUGUACCUGCAUUGUCAAGUGCGCCUUUGUGUACCGGAGAACAAAGAGCCCUGUGCCAAGCAAUGUCCCAGCAAGCAAAGAAGCAAGAGGGAGCUGGUUGAUGACUACCAGAAGAUCAUCUCCUAUGGUCCCAUCCGUUUCUUGGCCGUCAUCACACUUGGAAGUGCAGGAGGCUGAAGACCAACAGCUCA